AUGGACACCAAGCCAGAGUCGGAUCGAAAGUGGGGGCCCAUUAUCGUCGUGGGAGGAUCUGGCCGCCUCGGAUACUUCAUUGCUCGAGAGCUUCUGCGGCAGCCUGAAUGCAGCCGUGUGAUCUCAAUCAACAGGAGCCCAACAGUCGCGAACCGUUGCGAGGGUGUGGAUUACAGAGUGGCCGACAUACGAGAUGGCGAGGCCGUGGCCGCGAUCAUGGCAGAGAUCAAACCGGAAGCCAUCAUCAACUCGGCCUCUCCGCCCCACACUGACGAGACUGUCACCUCAAAGGCCGACUUUGAAGAGUUCUUUGGCGACACUCAAGAGAAGCUGGUGACGGCCGCUCGCAGGUCUGGAACCAAGUACCUUGUCUUCACCUCAUCCUCAUGCGUCAUCCAGGGCUACAACCACUACGACGCGGACGAAACGGCACCCAUGUGGCCAGAGAACUCCAAGGCUUACCCAUACUGGGUCCAGCGCGCCAAGAUGGAGAAGCGUCUUUUGGCCGCAGACUCGCCCGAACUGCAGUCCGUGGCCCUCCGCCUGCCCCUUAUCAUCGGGGAGAGGGACUACGCCUUUGUGCCGUCCAUGGUCAAGGCCUUUGAGGAUGGCCAGACAGGGUUUCAGAUCGGGAGCGGCCAGGGGAAGCUCACGACCGUGUCGGCCGACGACGCGGCGAGGGCGCACGUCCUGGCCUUGAGGGGGCUCAUGAAGCCCGGGAACAACGUGCACGGCGAGGCAUUUUACAUCCUAGGCAAGAGGCCCGUGAUUUCCUUCCCGGCCAUGGCGCGCGUGGUCUGGGUCGAGGCUGGCUGGAAACCCUCACCACCGUCAUUUACGAUGCCAGAUUGGGCGGCCAAGUGCCUAGUGGCAGCUUACGAGACGCUCAUUUGGCCCUUUGGGAUAACUCCACAACUGACCCUGCACAUGUUGAGAAUCAUGUGUAACGUUUGGACGUACAACGACACCAAAGCGCGGGAACGGUUGGGGUACGUACCCAAGGAUGACACGGUAGAUGCACUAAGGAGGGGCACCAGAUGGUACCUGGAGAAUCGGGACUAG